UUUUUAAUUAAAGUUGCCAAAAUUUCGCUAUUUCUUACAUUUAUUGCGCGCUCCGCAUCGCGGGGAUCGGCGCCACUUCAUUCAUUCACGCCAUGGGCUAAACAAGAUUCCCACAGCUACUCGGAAGAUGCCAAGCAGAAGAAGACAAAUAAAAAAACCAAAGUGAAAAUCGAUCGCGGUCCAUUUGCCUCACAAAUGGACUACAAGUCGCGAUUGCAGUUUAAUGCUCCUGGCUUAGCUUAUCCACUCAGCGGCAUAGUUUGUACCAUUGGACCUGCUAGCAGAGAUCCAGAAAUGUUGGUCAAUCUCAUCCAUGCCGGCAUGCGCGUGGUUCGCUUGAAUUUCUCGCAUGGAACACACGAAUAUCACUGUAGAACAUUAAAUGCGGUACGCCACGCCAUCGAAAGCUAUGCUCAGAAAAUGGGAGUCUACAAGCCGGUGGCCAUUGCAUUGGACACCAAGGGACCGGAAAUACGUACAGGUCAGAUUUCAGGCGGUGAAACGGCCGUGAUUGAUCUCAAGCAGGGAGAUACAAUUAAGCUUUCAACGAAUAUAGAAUUGGAGACUAAAUGCAGCAAAGAAAUGUUAUACGUAAACUACGAAAAUUUGCCCAAGAUUGUGAAGCCCUGCGAUUUGAUCUUCCUCGACGAUGGACUCAUCUCGUUGAUGGUGAAGGAGGUAGCGGGAGCUGAGGUACUUUGUGAGGUAUUAAAUAGCGGUAAGCUCGGCUCCCGCAAGGGUGUCAAUCUUCCUGGUCUGCCAGUUGAUUUGCCCAGCAUUAGCGAUCAAGAUAAGGCUGACAUAAAAUUUGGUGUGGAUCAAAAUGUAGACAUGAUCUUUGCAUCGUUUAUACGCCAAGUAAAGGACAUUCAAGCAAUUCGUGACGUAUUGGGUGCCAAAGGACGGCACAUCAAAAUCAUCUCAAAGAUUGAGAAUCAACAAGGAAUGCAAAAUAUUGACGAUAUCAUUGAUGCCUCCGAUGGCAUAAUGGUGGCUCGUGGUGAUCUGGGCAUAGAAAUACCCGCUGAGGAUGUUGUUCUGGCCCAAAAAUCCAUGAUUGCCAAAUGCAAUAAAGUUGGCAAACCCAUCAUAUGUGCCACCCAGAUGCUGGAAUCCAUGGUGUCCAAGCCACGACCAACUCGAGCCGAAGCAUCCGAUGUUGCCAAUGCCAUCUUCGAUGGCGCCGACUGUGUAAUGCUCUCCGGGGAAACCGCCAAGGGCAGAUACCCUUUAGAGUGUGUCAAAUGCAUGGCAGCGAUCUGUGCAAAGGUCGAGUCCGUGCUCUGGUACGAGCACAUUCAAAACGAGGUCAAAAGCGUCAUCAAAUCCUCGGGUGCCGAUGGCCUAACCUCUGUAACUUCGGGCAUUGCGGAAAUCGCUUCGUUGAGCCGCGCUAAUGCCAUAAUUAUUGUCAGUCGUUGCUCGAUGGUGGCAAAGCUUAUUAGCCAAUAUCGGCCAAGAUGUCCGAUUAUAAUGCUCACACAAAGUCCGAGGAUAGCACGACAAUCUGUGAUCUAUCGCGGUAUAUUUCCGAUUGCCAUUGAGGAAAUGGCCCAUGGCUGCAACGAUUUUAGCACUAUUUUAGCGUUAGGCAUUAAACAAAUGGCUCUAUUAAAACUUGUGGAAGCGGACAAGUUGUUAACACUAAUGUCCGUCGAUGCCUUGGAAGCGCAAAAGAUAUCUUUCCGCCUGCUUUCCAUCCGACACCAAUCCCAUGAGGCAAAAUGCAAAGAAGCUGUUCUGGCACAAGCCAAGGGCAACAAGGCGCGAAUAUCCAACAAGGAAAAAAUUGAAAAGUGUAAAAAAGUAGCUGAUAAAACAAAAUCGCCUCAACAGAUCGAAAAAUGUAAAAAGCUCGCUGAAAAAAGGAAAAAACGGCUAGAGGCCAAAAAAUAUGAAGAGGAUCUUAAAAAUGAAGCUGCAAAAAAAAAUAUUUGCAAAUUAAUUAUGGCCCAAGCUAAAAAAUAUGAGGACGAUGAUUAGAUUAUGUAUUAAAUUAUUAUGUACUCAAAUUGAGCUGCAUUGCCAGAAAAGGUAAUAAAUAUCUUGCUUUUGAUUUACUUUAUUUUAAA